AUGGCGAUGGAUCAGUCGUUGAUCAAGACGAUCAACAAACUACAGGAUGCAUUCUCAUCAGUCGGAGUCCAAAACCCGAUCGAUCUACCCCAAAUUGCCGUCAUCGGAUCUCAAUCAUCUGGAAAAUCAUCAGUCCUAGAAAACUUGGUCGGAAGAGAUUUCUUACCAAGAGGAACUGGGAUCGUCACUAGAAGACCACUCGUCCUCCAACUGAUCAAUCGACCCGCCACAGCUAAACCUCCCUCCGCUACUGCUAACGGAGCCGAGCCUGCAGACCCAGAUAACCCUACGCCUCUCAAGCCAGGUGAAGAUUCAAAUCAAAACCCAGACGAAUGGGGUGAAUUCUUACACAAACCUGGAGAGAAGUUCUUCGACUUCAACAAGAUUCGAGACGAGAUCGUGCGAGAUACCGAGACCAAAACCGGCAAGAAUGGCGGGAUUUCGCCCCUGCCGAUCAACCUGCGAGUCUUCUCACCUCACGUCCCCGUGGGUGAUCAGCCCCGGGACAUCGAGAAACAGAUCAAAGACAUGCUCUUCAAGUUCAUCACCAAGCCCAACUCGAUUAUCCUCGCCGUCACCGCCGCCAACACCGAUCUAGCAAACUCGGACGGCCUCAAACUAGCCAGAGAGGUCGACCCCGAGGGCAGUCGAACGAUCGGCGUGCUGACUAAGGUCGACUUGAUGGACCAAGGUACCGACGUCGUCGAUAUCCUUGCCGGUAGGAUCAUCCCCUUGAGAUUGGGAUACGUCCCCGUCGUCAAUCGUGGUCAGAGAGAUAUCGAACAGAAUAAGAAAAUCACUGCAGCACUCGAUAACGAGAAAGACUUCUUCGAAAAUCACUCGAGUUAUCGAAGCAAGAGCCAAUACUGUGGUACCCCCUUCUUGGCUAAGAAACUUAACAUGGUAACUCUUUAUAUCCUCAUCUUACCAGACCAAUAUACGAGCAAGUCUGACCCCCACUCCCUCCCAUUCAACAAACAGAUCUUGAUGCAUCACAUCCGCAACACGUUGCCCGAGAUCAAGAACAAGAUCGGCCAAUCGCUUGCGAAAUACCAAGCCGAGUUGACAGCACUAGGUGGACAAUUUGGGGAGCCAAACUCAAGCAAUGUGGUCUUAUCGAUCAUCACCGAGUUCUGCUCGGAUUUCAGGACGGUGAUCGAUGGGAAUUCGAACGAUUUGAGCAUCAACGAGCUCAGUGGUGGUGCCCGGAUCGCCUUCGUCUUCCACGAACUCUUCAGUAAUGGCGUCAAACAGUUGGAUCCCUACGACCAGGUCAAAGACGGCGAUAUUCGCACGAUCCUUUACAACUCAUCUGGCUCCUCUCCUGCGCUCUUUGUCGGCACAACAGCAUUCGAAGUGAUUGUUAAACAGCAGAUCAAACGUCUCGAGGAUCCCGCGUUGAAGUGCUCCUCGUUGGUCUAUGAUGAACUAAUCAGGAUACUGACCCAGCUACUCAAUAAAAAUCAAGGAUUCAAACGUUACCCUGCUCUCAAGGAGCGAUUCUAUUCGGUGGUGGUAGCGUUCUACAAGAAGGCGAUGCUCUCUACGAACAAGUUCGUCUCGGACCUAGUUGCGGCGGAGGCGACUUACAUCAACACGGGCCACCCGGAUUUCAUCAGUGGUCAUAAGGCGAUGGCCUUAGUGAAUGCGAAGAUCGAGGCGGCCAAGCCGCCGCCGCCGUCCGGCCCGGCAACGCUCGAUAAGGCCGGGAAACUCCCGCCUGGGGCGAUCAAUAACGGUCGAGAUCUCGAUGUCGAUAUGAAGCAGGACCCCAACUCUUUGGAAGCUUUGGAAGGGCGCCAGCCCGGGCCGCGGAGGAAGAGCGCCGGAAGCUCGCUCAUGGAGCCUCCCCCGCAAACUCUGAAGGCCUCCGGAACACUCUCUGAACGCGAAGUCAUCGAGACCGACGUCAUCAAACUCUUGAUUAGCUCGUACUUCAAUAUCGUCAAACGAACAGUAAUCGAUAUGGUACCCAAAGCGAUCAUGUUGAAGUUAGUAGCCCAUUCGAAGGACGACUUACAGCGCGAAUUAUUAUCUGAGUUGUAUAGGCCUGAUGUGUUGGAUGACCUGAUGAAAGAAAGCGAGGUGGUCGUUAAUCGGAGGAAAGAAUGUAUCAAGAUGAUCGGCGCGCUUGAAAAAGCUAACGAAAUCACCGCUACCGUCUAG